GCCAAUGGAGGCGGGAGAUCCGGACCCGUCGCUCGAGCGACUCUACAGGAGCUACAGCGCCAAACAGAAGCGCGCCGCUUUGCCAUGCUUCAUCUUCGCCGCGUUCGCCUACGACGUCUACGCGCUCACCUUGCCCAGCUUCGAGCCGCUGGUCACCUGUGCUUUCAUCGUGUUGUGGUGUGUUGUCCUCGUCUGGACUCGCUUCCGGGAGCACCGUGUCGCCCCCCACGUGGCCUCCAGCCUCUUCCUCUUCCAAGUCCUUCUUCAUCUCGCCCUCCAGCCCCACGGCCUCAGCCCUCGCGACUCCUUCGGCUGGGUCCUCCUCCUUGACUUCCUCAUUUAUGUCGCCCUCCCUUUGCCACUCCGCUUUUGUCUCCUCUUCAGUGUCAUCGCCUGCAUCUUGUAUUUUAUUCUAGUCGUGUUUUUUGCCAAAUCGGAGCCCUAUCUUCUUCAGCAGUUGCUGGCAGAUGCUGUGUUACUCAUAAAUGCAAACAUUCUAGGAGCAUUUUGCUACGGGAUCUCGGAUAAACAACAACGGACGGCAUUCUUGGGGACUCGACAAUGUUUGGAAAUGAAACUAGUCAUAGAGGAACAAUCUGCAGAGCAGGAAAGAUUGCUUCUGUCCGUGUUACCGGAGCAUGUAGCUGUAAAAAUGAGGCAAGACUUAGGGUCUGGACUCGACAGUCAAUUCAAAAAAAUUUACAUGAGCCGCCAUGAAAACGUAAGCAUCCUGUACGCUGACAUCGUUGGAUUCACGGCAAUUUCAUCCACUUACUCAGCUUCGGAACUCGUUAAAAUAUUGAACGAACUCUUUGCCACCUUCGACCGGCUGUCUGAGAGGUACGAACAAUUAAGAAUAAAAAUCUUGGGUGACUGCUACUACUGCAUCAGUGGUGCUCCCAGGGAGAGGCCAGACCAUGCUAUUCUCAGCGUUUACAUGGGGCUCUCCAUGGUGAAAGCUAUCAAGUACGUGCAACAGAAAACCAACUCUCCAGUGGACAUGCGGGUGGGCAUUCAUACUGGAGCCGUCCUGGCCGGGGUUUUGGGUCAACGACAGUGGCAGUUCGAUGUUUAUUCCAAGGACGUGGAGCUCGCUAAUAAGAUGGAGAGCAGCGGUCUUCCAGGGCGAGUUCAUGUCUCUGAGAAAACUUUAAGCUUUUUGGACGGAGCUUUCGAAGUGGAGCCGGCUUAUGGGGAGAAGCGGGAAGAAACUUUACGCUUAGCCGGAAUUAAAACGUAUUUCAUCGUCGAGCCGAAGAAAGCAUAUCAAAGUGUGCGGAACGGUGUGAUAACUGACAUUAAUGAGGCGCUGGAGAAAGAUAACUUUGAGUGCACUAGUCCAGAUGAUGAAACGAGUAGUGCUCAAAGAGUUCGAGAAAACUCGGAAAAUUUCAAGAAGCGGCUGAAAAAAGAUCUCAUGAACAAAGAUGGGCAAAGAGAACUAAGCAAUCACAUUUCUCCGUGGACCCUUCGCUUCAGGGACACCGACAAAGAAAAAGAUUACAACCAGCAAAAGGAAGCAUCAUCCAAUGUUUCCAUUUUAGUCUGCCCCAUUGUUUUAGUCUGCACAUUUAUUGCACAAACAAUGAUUUUGCCAAGGGACGCGUUAAGUUUCUCAUCAUUUGGCGUAGGAUUUAUUUUAAUUAUUAUUUUUACUAGUAUUAUAAUAGCUGAUAUUUUACCGGCGAUAUUUCCAAACAAACUGGUAAAAUGGAGCGAAUCUUUAAAUAGCGUUUUAUGGGCCCGAAGGCUGAUUGUUAUUGUUGUUGUUAUUGUUCUAGGAUCAACUAAUUUAAUAGACUCUUUAUCGUGUUUACCUGAACAUGUUCCGGGGAAUUGCACAAGGUCCGAACCAGCAGAUAGCUGUGUCUUUCCCUCGUAUUUUACGCACAUGUGUGCUCUUGUGCUCAUCGCGACUGCUCUUCUAGGACAGUUGUGUUACCUGACCAAGGCAAUCUUAUUGUAUGCAAUAACCGUCGCUCAUUCCUCUUUCAACAUUUUCGUGAUCAAUAAAGCACUCUAUUGUGAGGAGUACCAAACAAUAUCCAAUUUUAAUUAUUUACUGCCAACACAAUACACUAUUUCGGAGCAACUAUUGGGUGUUAUGGCUGCUUUGGCAAUAUUAGGCCAUUAUAUGGAGAAGGCGUCCAGAGUGCUGUACCUGUGGAAAAUCGAAGCAGAGAGCCAGCAAGAGAGGGCCUCGGAUAUUCGACGUCGAAACGAGGCUCUCGUCUACAAUAUUUUACCGCCGCACGUAGCAACGCAUUUCCUCGGAAACAGGAAACGGCAGCACGAAGAACUCUACAGUCAGAGCUACGCUGAGGUCGGCGUCCUCUUCGCCUCAAUGCCCAACUUCUCAGAUUUUUACUCUGAGGAGACGGUUAACAACCAGGGUUUAGAAUGUUUAAGAUUUUUAAACGAAGUUAUAUCUGACUUCGACGCGCUGUUGGAGCAACCGCAAUACCAGGAUAUAAUUAAAAUUAAGACGAUAGGAUCUACCUACAUGGCUGCAAGUGGUUUGAACCCAACGAGAAAAGUCCUGGCUGACGAUCCGAUCGAAAUUAGGUGGGCACACUUAUCUUUACUUGUGGAGUUUGCUUUGGAUUUGAAGAAAGCAUUACAGAGCAUAAAUGAACAGAGCUUCAAUCAUUUUGUUUUAAAAAUGGGUAUAAACCAUGGUCCAAUCACAGCCGGAGUUAUAGGAGCAAGAAAGCCUCAUUAUGAUAUUUGGGGCAAUUCGGUGAAUGUUGCUUCAAGGAUGGAGAGUACAGGCAAAGCUGGUUGCAUCCAAGUCACUCAAGAGACCUCGGAAAUUUUGCAACAUUUCGGUUACAAGUUCGAGCAACGAGGGCUGGUGGCGGUCAAAGGGAAGGGGCAGCUCAUGACGUACUACUUAAUCGGGAGGCAAACGAGCCAGUUGUGCAUGGAGCCGAAAAUGGAGACGCUUAAAGAAGAGGACGAAGAGGAACUCGAAGGAGAGACGGAAGAGACGCAAGUUCACCUUUCAUUGGCCGACUCGGAGAAAGAGGCGCUCCUCGCGGACAAACCGCCCGAACCAAACGAAGAAACGACGUAGGAAUAAGUUGUGGUGGCGAUAUCAAAUCGGUUUUUUCGGUAAAUCGAUUUUUUGGAAAAAAAAUAAUCGAGAAAAUCGAAUCGAUUUUCUGUUGCCGAUUUUUAAUCGAAAUCGAUUUUUCGAGCAGAAAUCGGAAGUAUUGAAAAAAAAAUCGAAAUUUCCUACGUUAAUGUGGAGCAAGAAGGUCUAUGUUCUGUGAAACCCGAGUUUCAUUUCAAGUUCAGUUUUAGUGGCCGUUUUGUUUCUGGCGUCGAGGGUGGAUUUUUAAGUGUUUUAAAAUCGAUUUCGAAGAAAAUCGAUUUUUACUUAAAUCGAUUUAUUAAAAAAAUCAUUAUCCCUGGUAUACAGAACAAGCCAUAGGGUCGUAGUCAUAGUCCUUCUUUAGACAGCUGGUUACUUUGGAAAGUUUCAUUCGGUUUACAUUGUGAUUGAAAAAGGCUCAAAGAGCUUCUUAAUACAGCAACACAAAAAGUACAUAAGUACAAAAGUAGUAAAGUUCAACGGAACAUCUCUUAAAAUGGAUCUUUCCAAGAGAUUACAAUGAUUCACCCCAGCAAAAAAUAUACAAAAUACAAAGGAAAAAAAUGCAAGUUUUGUAAAAACUGGCAUGCGAUAAAUACAUCAUGUGUAUUAAGUAAAAAACCUCGGCAAAUUCUGACUUUUUAGCCACAAAAAAGACGCUAGCCAUCACUCAUGAGCCUGUAGAAACAUUUUUAACCGGAAAAAUUGCAAAAUUCAGAGCGAUGAAGGUGUAAUUCUUUUCGGAAUAAAACGUUGCAUUCGAUACAAAGGUCAAGGCGAAGUUUUUUUCCAAGAAGAAUCCUGCUUUCAUUUCUAUGAAUUUUGCGAUGUUCCUAGUCGAGAAUGAUUCUUUUGGCUCAUGCGCAAGGGUUAUCCUCCUUUUUUCCAAAAAAAAAAAAAUCAAAAUCUACCGAGAUGUUUUACUUAAUUGA